CAUUAACGCUUGUGGGGUUUUGGAAAGCGCCCCGAUCAAGUUAACUCCGUUACCAAAAAUUGAUAAUUUGGACAGUUACUAUCCCGACACCUUAAAGCUUACAGAUCCAUCACCGUGGAUUGAGUUUUUUGAGACAAAUCUUCAUAAACUUGUUGAAUUGGUUGUAAAAUGCUCCAAUAAUGAUGAUAAUGGUGAUAAUUCUCCAUGCGAUGAUGUUCGACAACGUGCUACAAAAUUUGAUAGUAUGUUCCGGAAACAUUUAACUCUUUUACGCGAUCGUCCGGCUAUGUAUGGUGCAUUGACUGUACGAAGCUUAUUAAAUCUUAGAGAACAAUGUCUACAUGAACUUGGGUUUUCUGAUAUUUUCGUAAAAGUAAAGGCUGAAGAGAAUAAAGCCGCUUUAGAAAGUUUACAAAAGUUAUUAGCAAAUAUAGACUCCAUUCAAAAUGUGGAAGAUAAGAUAGAUUUAUUAAUUGAUAACAUAUUGGCCGGUAACAUGUUUGAUUGGGGUUCUGGACAAAUUUUGGAUCUGCUUAACAAAGGUGAACUCACUUUUGAAUCGGCUCAUACAAAAAUAAAGAAACCUGAACUCCUAAACCAAACAAAUAAAUUUAAGCAACGUAUUGUCAGUAAAACAAAAUUACCAUUAAGAAAGGCUGUGAUAUUCGUUGAUAAUUCGGGUGCAGAUAUCGUUUUGGGCAUAAUUCCUUUUGCUAGAUUCUUGAUUUCUUUGAACAUGGAUAUUAUACUUGCUGCUAACAGUUUUCCCGCCGCAAACGAUGUGACUGCUGAUGAGCUAAUAGACAUUUUAUCGUCGGUUUCUGAAAUGGAUUCUUUUAUUGCCGCAGCUUGGGCAUCAAAAAAAUUGACAGUUAUGGCGACUGGAAGCUUUAGCCCUUGUCUUGAUUUGAUAAGAAUUAAUGAAGAUCUUGCAAGGGCAUGUGAGAAUGUAGAUCUUGUAGGUAUGGGAAGAGCCAUUCACACCAAUUAUAAUGCAGUGUUUACAUGCGCGUCCCUUAAAUUAGCAGUAUUUAAAAACUCUAUUACUGCGAAUGAGCUCGGAGCAAAUGUUUAUGACGCUAUAGUGUUAUACGAUGAAGGUUCUGCUGUUGAAACUUCCUGA